ACUAAAUGUUGAAAUAGUUAAAUCAAUUAAAAUCGUCAUUAAAUAAUUUACAGCAGUAAUACUAUUGCUUUUAAAUUCGUAAUAGGUUUUUGUAAUAAUUUAACUACACAUCAUAAUAUAUUCAUAUUAUUUAUUUUUAAUAACCAAAAAAAACAUUGUUAAAAAUGAACAAAAUAGUCAUGUUAAAAUGUUCACGUCAUAUAUUUUCUCCAUUUGAUCUCAAAAUGUUUCAUUCAAACUGUAUUUUAAUGAACCACAUGCAAAAACCUAGUAAAUUACUACAUAGUUCUAGACUGUUGGUUACACAUAAUAUAUCUACAAAGACCACGCCAAUUAUGAAUAAUAUAGAUUUUGACAAAUUGUUAGUGCUGAUUAAUUUGAGUACAUUAAUAAUUGAUGUUCGUGAAAAAAAAGAAUUAGCUGAAACUGGUGUAUUGCCAAAUAGCAUAAAUAUACCAUUGAGUGAUGUAAGUAAUGCAUUAUUACUUCCAGCUUCAGAAUUUGAAAAACUGUAUAAAAUUCCAAAACCAGAUCCUGAGAAAAGUGAAAUUGUGUUUUCAUGCCUUGCAGGAGUUAGAAGUCAAAAAGCAGUUACUCUAGCUCAAAAAGUUGGAUAUAAAAAGGUUUACAAUUACAUAGGUGGUUGGAGUGAAUGGGCUGAAAAAAAUUUGGACACGUUAAAAAAAAUAUAAGUAAUGUAUGAUUCUGCUUGUAUGGAAUUUAAAUCUGUUUUCGAUCGUGUGUAAUUAACCCCAAUGAAGUCUACAAUACACUUAGAAGUUGAGUCAUUAAGAAAUUAUGAAUUUUGAUAAAAGGAUAUUUUUAAACUACUAUUAUAUUUUAUAGUACUGUUUUAAAGAAUAUAUUUUAUUUUGUUAUAAAGUAUAUAAUUUUA